AUGUCCGAAAACGUACCACCCACCUCAACCGCAGCAGCGAAUGCCUCCACCCCCACCGGAGGAGACCAACCCGGUCGACCAUACUAUGAAUCCCUCCGCUCCAAUCUACGCCAAACACUGGACAAGAAACGCAAACUGGACGAGCAGCUUGCCGCUCUCGAGGACAAUAUCUACAAAAUGGAAGGAGCAUAUCUCGAAGAAACAGCGAAUUCGGGGAAUAUUGUUCGGGGGUUUGAUGGGUGGGUGAAGGGUGUAUCUCUGGGUGGUGGUGGUGGUGGUGGUGGGAGAGCUGGAGGGGAAGGGGGAGGGGUGAAUAAUCGCAAGGGAAGAGCGAGGGAUGAGGAGCGGAUCUUUUCGAGGAGUAGUGUGGGGUGGAUGAGGGUGAGUUAUCACAAUGACUAUAGUACUGCCGAAGUCUGGGGAUGUUGAUUGAUGUGGUGUAUGGGUACAGGCGCAAGAGGGACCUGAUUCGAAUACGCCUUCGCAUGCUCCUACUCCUACGGGGUCUUUUGCGCCGCAGCUUUCUGCUCGGGAGUCGAAUGGGGGGACGCCUGCUGCGGCGGGAUCGUCGAAGGGAGCGGCGGGGAAUAAAAAGCGGAGGGCGAAUGAGAAGGAUGAUCCGGAGGAGGGGAAUGGGAAGGGCGUUAAGAGGGGGAAGAUUUCUUACGCGCGGGAGUGA